AUGAGUACGACGACUAGGUUGAAUACUGCACUUGGAGUACGAAGGAAAAUUGCCCGAGCCGACCAUGGACCAUCGCGCUCUCACCAGACGUCUGACAUCCCUGACCUUACACCGAGCUCACCGACGCUUGCCGAGACCGGCGGCAUCUUGACCGAAUCUCACCUCCAUAGGCAGCGCGUCGUCACGACCUCGCCCGCUCCUGCAGCUCACCCCAACGGCGUCGUCAGCGACUUGAUGUACCAUUGGGCAGAUGCGACCAGUCCAUGUAUCCGAGGCCCGACGUCCAAUCAAGCUCACGGUGCCGAUUCGCAACCCCAGGCCGGCCCUGUGAGUGACGGCCUCUGUAGGGCUAUCGAACAAGCGACGGACGCGUCGGUGGCACGCAAUAGCAGGGGAGGAAAUGUCUGA